GUUGGUGUCCUUACCGACAUUUUCUCCUACUUGUGCUGUGUUUUCUCCACAAAGAUCUUCUGAGAAAGAAAUCUUGAAGAGGAGGUGAAAGAAAAAAUGGCCAGUUCUCAGGGACUGCUGACAUUCGAGGACGUGGCCAUAGAAUUCUCUCAGGAAGAGUUAAUAUACCUGAACUACAGUCAACGCGAACUAUACAGGGAUGUGAUGUUAGAGAACUACGGACACCUCCUUUUCUUAGGUCUUGUUGUGUCAAAGCCAGACCUGGUCAUCUUUUUGGAACACAAGAAGGGUGCCUGGGCCGUGGAGAGAAAGGAGACAGUAGCUACACACCCAGCUGUAUUUUCACCUGGCACCCAGACAUUCCUGCCAAAGUCAUGCAUUGAAGCUUUUUCCCAGAAAGUGUCAAUGAGUAGAUACAAACAUAGUUCACCUGAGAAUGUACACUUAUUGACAGACUGGAACAAGGGUAGGGAGAGUGAAGGACACCAAAGAUAUCUGGGGACUCCUUUUCCAGAGAACGAUGAUGAAUGUAAUAAAUAUGGGGAAGCCUUUUAUCAAAGCGCCAAUCUUAUUACACACAGGAGUAUCCCUAAGGGAGAGAAUCUUUAUAAAUACAUUGAAUGUGAGAAAAUUCUUAACCAGUCUUCCAAUGUUGUUGAUCAGAGGGUUCAUGUGGGAAGAAACCAUUACAGAUAUAAUAAUCCUGGGAACAUGUUUAGUCAUUCAUCAAGACUAAGCACACAUAAGACAACUGGCACUGGAGAGGAAAGUUAUAUAGGUAAUGAAUGUGGAAAAGCCUUUGACCACCAACAAAUACAUACUGGACAGAAACCUUACAAAUGUGAAGAAUGUGGCAAGACCUUUAAAUUCUGCUCAACCCUUACUCAACAUAAGUUAACUCAUAUUGGAGAGAAACCUUUCCAAUGUAAGGAAUGUGGCCAUGUCUUUAAACGGCUCUCAACCUUUACAGAACAUCACAGAAUUCAUAGUGGAGUGAAACCUUACCAAUGUAAUGAAUGUGGCAAAGCCUUUAACCGGCACUCAUCCCUUACAAGACAUCAAAGAAUUCAUACUCGAGAGACACCUUACAAGCGUAAGGAAUGUGGUAAGGCCUUUAUUCAUUCACAACCCUCUGAACAUCAAAAAAUUCGUACUGAGGAGAAACCUUACAAAUGCCAACAAUGUGGCAAGUCCUUUAACAGGUCCUCAGACUUUAUUCCACAUCACAGAAUUCAUACUGGAGAGAAACCUUACCAAUGCAAAGAAUGUGGCAAGACCUUUAACUGGCCCGCAUCCCUUAGGGUACAUCACAGAAUUCAUACUGGAGAGAAACAUUACCAAUGUAAAGAGUGUGGCAAGGCCUUUACCCACCUCUCAAGCCUUACCAACCAUCACAGAAUUCAUACUGGAGAGAAACUUUACCAAUGUAAUGAAUGUGGCAAGGCCUUUAGGUACUUCUCAACCUUUACACAACAUCGCGGAAUUCAUACUGGAGUGAAACCUUACAAAUGUAAAGAAUGUGGUAAAGCCUUUAACUGGCACUCAGCCCUUAAGACACAUCAAAGAAUUCAUAGUGGAGAGAAACCUUACCAAUGUAAAGAAUGUGGCAAGGCCUUUUCCCGCCAGGCACAUCUUAAUGUACAUCACAGAAUUCAUAGUGGACAGAAACCUUAUGAAUGUAAAGAAUGUGGCAAGGCUUUUAGCUACAUCUCAAACUAUACACAACAUCACAGAAUUCAUAUUGGAGUGAAACCUUACAAAUGUCAAGAGUGUGGCAAGGCCUUUUACCGCCAGGCAUAUCUUAAUGUACAUCACAGAAUGCAUAGUGGAGAGAAACCUCACAAAUGUCAAGAAUGUGGCAAGACCUUUAACCAGCAUUCAACCCUUAGAGAACAUCAAGGAAUUCAUACUGGACAGAAACCUUACCAAUGUAAAGAAUGCGGCAAAGCCUUUAACUGGCAAUCGGCCCUUAAACGACAUCACAGAAUUAUAGUGGAGAGAAACCUUACCAAUGUAAAGAAUGUGGCAAGACCUUUAGCCAGCACUCAUCCCUUAGAGAACAUCAAGGAAUUCAUACUGGACAGAAACCUUACCCAUGUACAGAAUGUGGCAAAGCCUUUAACUGGCCAUCAGCCCUUAAGAGACAUCACAGAAUUCAUAGAGGAGAGAAACCUUACCAAUGUAAAGAAUGUGGCAAGACCUUUAACCACCACUCAUCCCGUAGUAGACAUUACAAAACUCAUACUGGAGAGAAACCUUACCAAUAUGAACAAUGUGGGAAAACAUUUUAUCACUGUUCAACCUUGACUUAUUAACAUAGAAUUCAUACUAGAGCAAAGCUUCUAAAUGUUAAGAUUGUGACAGAAUUUUAAGGACUCAACUCUUAUUCCAUAUCAGAUAAUUCAUACUGAAGAGUAAUGAUACCCAUUGGGAAUGUGGCAAGAUAUUAAAGCAAUGCUUAAACCUGGAUUCUUCAUCAGAGAAUAUAUACUGGAGAUGAUUUUACCAAUACAAAGAAUUUGGCAAGCCUUUUAAUCAGUACUCAAACCUCAUUCAACAUCACAGAAUUCAUACUCCAGAGAAAAAUGAUAACAAAUGUGGUAAAAACGUGUUUCAGACUGCUCAAGCCUUACUCAUCAUCACAGUUCCUGCUGUGGAGAGACAUUACAAAUGUAAUGAAUGUGGGAAACCUCUAGCUGGAACUCACAACUACCUCAACAUCACAGUUAUUAUACAGGAGUGAAACUGUAAAAUGUAAAAAGAGUGGCUGAUCUUUAGCUGGAAUUCAGUCAUGACCCAGUAUUCCCAAAUGCAUACUCGGGGAUAAUGUAUGAAUAAGGAAAGACCUUUUUGAAUAUACACUUUAGAAAACAAAUCAUACAGAGAGGAAAGUAACCUGAAAGAUAUAAAUAUUUGGUCAUCUAAUUACCUGAACAUCAACUGUCAAUAAAUGUCACAGAAGUCACACUAGAAAGGAGUACAUUGGUCACUCUAUUCCUACAUAAUUCUCCAUAAAAAUACUUAACCAUAUGGGAUAAAACAAAAUUGAACACUUAGAUAUCGAAUAUGCGGGUAUGCCUGAAAAUAGACACGGGGCUGUUUUUUGCAUAGGAAUAAGUAAUUUCAAUGUGCUUUUGUUUUACCUUGGACCUUUUUAAGAUGUUGACUACAAGUAUUAAUGUAUUUGUGCUCUGAAAUCACUUCAGAAAAUUCACUGAUUCCCAGUGGGUGUUGAAAGUAUGUGGCUGAUUCUUCCUGCAUCAAAGAUAUCAGAUGCCCUUCCCUCUUAGGUGGGACUCCUGCAUACCUGAUUUUCCAUGGAAGAUGGAGGACAAUAUCAUGUACAAUCUAUGAACAAACCUAACUGGAGAUGUCACUCAUGUUUCUAACACUGAUGUAAGUUAUUACGAAAUGAGUGUUCAGAACAUCAUUCUUGAACAUUUAUUAAAACAAAACGUUUCUGAAUGUUAUAAAAAAAGUGUUAUAGUUAUUGGU